AUGAAAAUGACGCUAUUUGGUACACCACAAGACUCGCGCGCCAACCAUCAGCAGCUCACAGAGCUUAUGGAUCGUGGUUAUAAACUUGUGGCUAAGAUUAAUCGUCGGCUGAAAGAAUUAGACCAGGGCAUGAAGGCUGCAAGUGGCCGUGCGCGGAAAACGCAGGUGGCCAAGUUGUCCAUGGACUACAAGAAUCAAUUGAAACGUUUUGAGGAGACGUGCCAGAAGCUUUUGGAAGCUGAAAGAGCUGCCGUUUCGAACCUUCGUCGGUCUUCUUUGUCCUUCCGUUCGGAUGAUAACGAUAAGCCUGUGGGCUUUGACGGGUACAAUGAGGACCAAAUCUACGCACAAGCUAAUGUUACGAGCUACAAUGAAGAUGACUUGGUACGAAGAGAAGAGGAUAUUCUUAAGAUUAACCAGCAGUUGCAUGAAGUGAAUGCUGCCUACCAAGAGGUGGACGGACUCUUACAGGACCAGGCCGAGAUUGUUGUGGACAUCGAAGAGAAUACGAAUGCGGCACAGGAAAACACGCAAGGCGCGCUGCAAAACUGGCUGUGGCUGUCAUUUCAAUCGUGGUGGCUGUUCGAUAAGGUAUCAUUAAUAUGUGCUAAGAAGAAGAGGAGUGUCUCUGGUUGCACAAACUGCGACGGGCGCAAGAAGUACCGUUAA